AUGUCCGAAGUGCCCCACGAACCCGUCCCGCUGCACCCCAUUGCACCCCGUGUCAGGAUGGGCACAAAACGCCGCACGUUGGGCCUCACAUUCACGCGUAUAGGUGAGUUGGGCUCCCUUGCGCAGUGCUCGCGCUCUCACCAGAUUCUCAGGUCACUGCACUCGCAGACGCUCGGUCAUGAGAGCGACAAGUGGUGGGCUAAGAUGGCCAGGGAGACAAUCCACUGGGACAGGCCCUUCCAUACCGUCCGGGCGGGAGGUUUCGAGACGGGCGACAUCGUCUGGUUCCCAGAAGGUGGCCUGAAUGCGUCAUACAACUGCGUAGACAGGUGGGCGUUCAAGCACCCAAACAAGACCGCCAUCAUCUACGAAGCGGACGAGCCAAAUGAGGGCUGCGAGAUCACAUACGCAGAGCUGCUCCGCGAGGUCUGCGGGAUCGCGAAUGUGCUCAAGUCGCUCGGUGUCAAGAAGGGCGACACCGUGUCCAUCUAUCUGCCCAUGACAUGGCACGCCGUGGCGGCGUUCCUCGCGUGCGCGCGCAUUGGCGCGGUGCACUCAGUUGUCUUCGCGGGUUUCAGUGCGGAGUCGCUGCGAGAUCGUAUGCAGGACUGCAAGUCGCGCGUGCUUAUCACGAGCGACGAGGGGCGCCGCGGCGGCAAGACGAUCGCGACCAAGGUCAUCGCGGACGCGGCGGUCAAGGAAUGCCCCGUCGUGGAGCAUGUGCUCGUGCUCAAGCGCACAGGGAACGAGGUCCCGUGGACGCCAGGCAGGGACCGCUGGUGGCACGAGGAGCUCACUAAGGUGCCGAGCUACUGCCCGCCCGAGGUCAUGGCUGCAGAAGACCCGUUGUUCAUUCUAUACACCUCCGGAUCGACCGGGCGACCGAAGGGCGUCGUGCACACUACCGCAGGUUACCUCCUCGGUGCUGCGUUGACGGUGAAGUAUGUGUUCGAUGUGCACCCGGACGACCGCUUCGCAUGUAUGGCCGACGUGGGCUGGAUCACGGGCCACACGUACAUCGUCUACGGGCCGCUCAUGAACGGUGUGACAACGAUGGUGUUCGAGUCGACGCCAGUAUACCCUACGCCGUCGCGUUACUGGCAGGCUGUUGACAAGCACAAGAUCACACAGUUCUACUCCGCGCCCACUGCGAUUCGCCUCCUCCGCCGCCUUGGUGACCACCACGUCAAGGACCACGAUCUGAGCUCGCUCCGUGUGCUCGGUAGUGUCGGCGAACCGAUCAACCCCGAGGCGUGGCACUGGUACAACGACCAUGUCGGCCGCCGCCAGUGUGCUAUCGUUGACACGUUCUGGCAGACGGAGACGGGCAGCAUCGUCGUGACGCCGUUCCCCGGCGCGAUCGAGACGAAGCCCGGUUCGGCGACCGUGCCCUUCUUCGGCAUCGAGACUGCGAUCCUCGAUCCCACGACUGGGAAGGAGCUCGAAGGCCCGGACGUCGAGGGCGUGCUCGUCCUCAAGACUCCAUGGCCGUCGAUCGCGCGCACGGUCUACCAGGACCAUAAGCGGUAUCUCGAGACUUACAUGAAGCCGUACCCUGGCGUGUUCUACACGGGCGAUGGCGCCGCGCGGGACGAGCACGGAUACAUCUGGAUCAAGGGCCGUGUAGACGAUGUCAUCAACGUGUCUGGUCAUCGUCUAUCGACGGCGGAGAUUGAGUCUGCGCUCAUCACCCAUGCUGGCGUGGCUGAGACCGCUGUAGUCGGUACCGCCGACGAGCUGACUGGUCAGGCUGUGUACGCGUUCGUGACCCUGAAGCCGGAGUUCAAGUUCGACGGGACGGAGGAGGCUGCGCUGAUCAAGGAGCUCACGCUCCAGGUGCGCAAGGUGAUCGGCCCCUUUGCAGCACCGAAGAAGAUAUUCCUCGUCUCAGACCUGCCGAAGACGCGCUCGGGCAAGAUCAUGCGCCGGAUUAUGCGCAAGAUCGUCGCGGGCGAGGCUGACCAGCUCGGCGACCUCAGCACCCUUGCGGACCCUAGCGUCGUGGAGCUCAUCAAGACCAAGGUCGCCUCGUCGUAA